UUGUCGAUAUUUCACUGGAGCUGCGGUGGGUAGGAGUGCGCAGCGAAGAGCCUCUCACAACUAACCAUAUGAGGCUUUGCAGAACACGGACCGUUUGUUUUCUCAUACAAAGCUUGUAAAAGCAGACAAAACACCGCGAGGGAUUUAUAUUCUUUUUUACUAGUCCUCCUAGUUUUAGUUUUAAAGGUAACCGUGGCGUGUUUUUGCUGACAACAUACUUGCGUUUCUGCCUGGCAUUUACACAUCUCUGUAGCAUAUAAGACUUUUGCUUGCAACAAAGAAAACGAUCAAACAAAGAGAAAAGCAUAUGUAGUAGACUUUCCUUUGGAAAUAUUCUCAUGAUACCGACGAGAGAGAAUACGGACCGGGUUUUAUUGUGACUCUUGGAGAGCGAGUGAAAGAAAGAGAGAAAGCUCCCUGAAUGCUGCCUUUGAUUUGCGAGCAGAACAAGGGACGGUAGUCGGAGCGGAGGAUCUGCUUCACCCUUCUUCUCCUCACCCGCUUCAUACCCGGCUCUGCUCGUCUUGUCUCCCCCUCCCUGACUACAGGUUAUCGGAUGGACCAGCACCCCAGCGCCCGGAGCUGCACCAGCCGCGGGGCUUCGUCCUGCGAGGCCGUCCCGACUGAGCCCUCCAUGAAUCUGUACAUCCACUCCACCACCGGCACACGCUUCGAACUGUCCCUGCCCCAGGAGGAGACCGUGGAUGGACUGAAGAGGAGGCUGUCGCAAAGACUCAAAGUACCAAGAGAGAGACUCGCUCUGCUGCACAAAGAAACGCGACUAAGUUCAGGCAAACUCCAGGAUCUAGGUAUCUCUGAUGGGAGCAAGUUAACACUUGUACCAACCGUCGAAGCAGGAUUAAUGUCUCAAGCAUCAAGACCCGAACAGUCCGUAAUGCAAGCCCUGGAGAGUCUAACUGAAACUCAGGUCAGUGACUUCCUGUCCGGCCGCUCCCCCCUCACCCUGGCGCUGCGUGUCGGGGAUCACAUGAUGUUCGUGCAGCUCCAGUUGGCGGCGCAGCAGUCCGGCGGCCCCCAGCUCCAGCACAGACACGUCAUCACCCGGAGCAACUCCGACACCGCCGCAAUGGGACAGCCCACCGGGCAGCCUCGUGUUCCCCACCCCCACCCGCACUCCCACCAGCAUCAUCCACAUCCCAGCCCCCACUUGGCCCAGCCUCCCCCCUCUUCCCCAGUCUCCCCAUCCGUCCCGCUGCCCUCCACACACAACCAGCCCAUCCCGCCCAUGUACCACCAGUCGGUCUCCUCCACUCACUGUAGCCCCCCUACUCCUCCCCCUCAAGCCCACUCCCCUCGUCCGUCAAACAUCCCUGGAGGUCAUUUCCGCUCUCCAGCCCAUCCCCAUAGUCACCACCACCACUACCAACAGCCUUCCUCAAGCCAACCCAGCCCCGACGUGGGCCAGGCUAGCCCUGUAGCCCCGAUCCUCUGCCCUGAAGCUAACUGCAGCCCCAAAAGCUCCAACAGCCCCAACAGUCCCAACAUCCCAAGCAGCCCAAGCAGCCCAAGCAGCCCAAACAGCCCCAACAUCGCAAACACUCCCAACAGCCCCAGCGGCAGCGGCAGUGGCAGCAGUCCCUCAACACGCUCCCGUAAACCGGGCGCCAUCAUUGAGAGCUUUGUCAACCACGCUCCCGGAGUCUUCUCAGGGACCUUUUCAGGCACUUUGCACCCUAACUGCCAGGACAGCACUGGGCGUCCCAGACGAGAUAUUGGUACCAUCCUGCAGAUCCUCAACGACCUCCUGAGCGCCACGCGCCACUACCAGGGCAUGCCCCCCUCCCUCACCCAGCUCCGCUACCAGACCGGAUGUGGUUCGCCCACCACACCCUCCCCCUCGCCGCCUCCUUCCCCCCAGGUUGCUGGCAUGACGGGCCUCCCUGCCAAAGCUACCUCUGUGCCCGCCAGCAUCCCCAUCAGCCCUCCUGCUACUCUUCAUCCGCUGGUGCAGUGCCAGAGCCAGAUCCGCAUGUGCAAACCCCCUGGUGACCGUAUUCGUCAGACUGAGAAUCGCGCAACUCGCUGCAAGGUGGAGCGCCUGCAGCUGUUGAUGCAGCAGAAGCACCUGCGCAGGAAGGCCAGGCGGGACCAGAGCGCGCCGUAUCAGUGGCUGCCCAACAGGAAGGCGGGACGCAGCAACAGCAACAGCAGCAUCUCCAGCGAGGGCUCCAUGGACCUGGACUUUGACGACUCCGUGUGGAAGCCCGACGUAAAAGCCGACUUGAAGACUGAGUUCGUCAUGGCCUGAAAAGCGUCUGAUCCCACACGCUGUGGAAAAGAUUCGCAAAGCAUUGCUUGGGAUUUACUUAGAGAUAUAUUUUGAUGGAUUGGAUUGGCAGGAGGUGCCACAGAGCUGUGCGGAAAGCUGACGUCAGAUGAAAUAUAAAGCUCCCUGCGUACUUUAAUCCCAUCCGGUCCUUCAAAGUUGACCUUGUGUAAACCACAAAAGAACUUUCUUUUGAUUCGUGGAUUUGGACAGGCAACUACUGGACUUAACAUUGUACAAGACUUUUUAAGGUGUGAUUACAGACCAUAUCUGUACUUGAGCAUAGCAGAAUUCAGUGGGUGGUGGUGGUGGUGGUGGUUUUAGGUGGGGGUAUUUUUCAGAUUUUUGUUUCUACGUUUUGUUUUUGAAGCGCACUCUGGACAGCAAUGAAGAGAUCCACACUGGACUAACUAACAGGAGCACCGGAGGCCUCAGUGUUUCCUCGAUGGCAGAACUGCCAAACUAUGGAUUGUUCCAAAGGGCAUUCUUAUUGAUCUCAAAACUCACCAACCAGUCUACUUUUUACCUGUUAUGGGUUGAUUAAACCUUUUUUUUUUUUUUUCAUUUUGAAACAUAUUAUUAUAUUUUAUAAACAAAAAAUAUGUAGCAUUGUUCACAAAGCAUUCAGGUUUUCAUAUAACAGUUCAAAGUAGUUGUUGAUUUGCACAUUUUCUUGAUUUAUAACAGCUGGUCAAAGUGUGCAAGGAGGCGGAGGUGGGGCCUGAAAUCGAUAAAAGAAAUGAAUAUGGAAGUAUUGAUAUCAACCUCAGUGACAUAGGGUAUCGAUAGGAAUGAUUAAUGAGAAAACUAAAUAAAUUAAUAUUAACAGAAAGUGCUUUAGAGGAUUUAAAAAUCUUUAAAAUGUAUAUGGAAAAAAUCUAUUUUUUAUUUCUCCUAUCUGCUGUUUUCAAAAAACAGCAGCCCUUUGUGGCUUUAGUCAAGUUGUUGAAUUGCCAACAAACACAUCAAUUUAAUCAUUCAUUAGCUCAUUCAGAAAUUAUAGUCGUCUACUUAGAACAAAUUAUACUGAAAGAUACAUUUCAUCCAGCCCACUUUGUAACUGUUUGUGUACAUAAAUGUGACAAUUGGCAAAGGUUUAUGAGGGUGUGUGUGUACGUGUGACUUUAGUGUAAAUUGAUUUAGAAUACCCUAUGUUUUUGUCCAAGUUGUCCUCCCCAUAGUUUCUCAAAAUCAAAGGUCAGCUGCGGUGAAUGCAUUGGUCACUCAUUUAAAUCCCGAAACAUCAAAUUCUGUUGCUGUACCACAAGUCCUCAUAAUAUCUUUUUAUUGGCAAAAGAGGGAAAAGAAGUGGGCUCUGUAUCCAGCAUCAUGAUCUAGUGCCUCCACCAGUUCAUCUGUUAACAUAUCAGGUUAGGCCUUUCACAAUUUUGCUGCUACACAUUAGGACUUCAGAUUAAAAAAAAAAGGAAAAAGUGACUUUUAUUUGCAUGCAGUGUGAAUUACACUGAUCUUUUUUCUAUUGAUGGAAGAAAAAAAAACUGGUGCUGUGGGAAUGAAGGUUAACAACAUGCAUGAAAUUGUGAAGAAAAAUAAACAAUGCUGCUUUUGUUGGUUAGGUUUUUGUAAUUUUCAAUUUUUCAAUGUUAGAACAACAGUGUCCUGCUUAAGUAUUACAAACGCAAAACCAAAACAGAUGAAGUUAAGUGUGGACUCUCAUCUUGCUCAGCACUGAACAUUCCUGUUGUGAGACAAUGAAGAUGAUGAUGAGCAAAGAGCAGCUGACUCUUGCCCCUAUCCCUGAGCGCUGGUUUUACCCCCCAUGACUCUCAAGGACCCAGACAAACUUUCUUAGCCACCUCCCCUCCUCCCAAACUGAACGCCAACCGAGGCUCGUGUGGACGUUCUCUGGCAGGGAACUAACAGACCAGCGGAUUCUCAGUGCUGUCCGUCAAAACCCCAGAGAAACAUCCGGUCUGUCUCUUUGUCUGUCUGUCUGUCUGAUCGAUGGACCACCCUACCACAAUUGCACUCCCACAGAUUGCAGUGAGAGAUUACCUUUUUGGUGAACCUCAUCUUUUUUUUAAGUGGCCUUACCUUUCACUAAAAAAAUGAGACACUUGGGGACAAUGGGGGCGGGAAUGUUUUUUCCUUUUGGUUUUUAAACUUUCUGUGUGCAUCAUUGUCGGACUUGUUGUCAUCAAGGCGCCAUUUUUGUCACUGAGGACACUGGGCAUCUGUUGUUUAGUGCUUUUAGCUGGUGGAGUCUCUAUUAUGUCAAGGCUUCUGUGCCUUAAAAUGUUGCCCUUGCUGUGUCAGUGUCAGAUUUAAGCUUGUUUUCAUUGGUUGGUACACAGGACUGUAGUAUUCACAGCCAUGAGAGUUGUAGAUGUAAGGGGUAAAGCUUGUUUGAGUGAAACAAAAACUAUUCAAAAGUUGGUGUUGUUCCUCAAACAUGGCCUUCAUCCCGUUUCUUCAUUGCGUUGCCAUGCUUGUUGGUCUCCGUUGUCCUAACCUCACAUCCCUCUAUACUCAGUCCUCCCACCAACAAGCUGCAAAAGGCUACAAAUCUGUUUAACUUAUGUUAACUGAGGAAGUUUACACCACAGUACUUAGAUGGCAGGAAACAACCCUGAAUAAAAAAAGUCCUCUGAGGACUCCAGACUACAUGCACUUCCUGUUCCCUAGGAUACAACAUUAUUAAAAGGACCAUUUAUCCCUUGCCCCUCCCAAAUUGUAUUUAAGUUUGUUUUGUAUAUGUAUGAAAUAUAGUCUGUGUGUGCCUCACUUCUGUGUGAAACUCAAAAAGAUGAAACAAAACAAAAAAGAUGACAAAAGCAUACAGAGAGGAUAAAAAACCGUAUGUUGGUGGAAUUCUGAUCACGUCAUUUGAGUUGCCUGUUCUUUCUUGUAGCCAACUAUUGAAAAUAACAGGAUUCAAGAAUACAAUUUACAAUGUUCUAGCUCUAGACCGGUGUAGCACAUGUGUGACUGUAUUAAUUUAUGAAACCAAAAUGGUAACUGUGAAUUAUGUAUUUCUUUGUGCAUUUUUUUAAAAAGCUGGGGAGAAGGUUGUCGGGACAUAGCAGCAGCUGAUGCUUGUGCCCAAAAAAAACUUUUGUUUUUUUGGUGGAAUAUAAUGGAAACAAAACGUGUUUCUGGAAAAAA